CAAAGCCCAAAACCCAAAUAAAAGAGGGUUACUAGGGUUUUUCAUAUCACGCCUCCUCACAUAAAACUCUUCCUCCUCUCUUUUUUCCCCACUCUCUGCUCCUCUUCAUUUGCCGUCGCAUUACCAAGAAAGGUAAGUUUUUUCGGGGAAGAAGAAGAAAUCAGCAAAAAUGGUGGAGCAAACUAAGGGCAGAAAGGAAGAAGUUGUCACUCGUGAAUACACUAUCAAUCUUCACAAACGUCUUCAUGGAUGUACCUUUAAGAAGAAGGCACCAAAAGCCAUUAAGCAAAUCAGAGAAUUUGCUGAGAAGGCAAUGGGAACCAAGGACGUGAGAGUAGACGUCAAGCUUAACAAGCAAAUCUGGAGCAGAGGUAUCAGGAGUGUUCCUAGGAGGAUUCGUGUCCGCAUUGCACGUAAGAGAAAUGAUGAUGAGGAUGCCAAGGAGGAGCUCUACUCCCUCGUGACUGUUGCUGAAAUUCCUGCCGAGGGUUUGAAGGGUCUUGGUACCAAGGUCAUCGAAGAUGAAGAUUAAGCAAAAACUAGAUAGUUUGACUUUGUUACUUUUUAAGAUUGUUCUGAACAAUAGCGGAUUUUUUAUUUUGUUUUGUUACCUAUGCUUCAAACUUAAAACGUGUAUCGACUUACAAUUUUGCUCAUGAAUUUUGGUUCUUCUCUCCA